AUGUGUGCGACUAUGAGACGAGUGUGUGCUUUGUUGGGCGAAACGCAUUGCUGUGACCAGCUGCAGCAUGUCCUGGUUCCGGCAAACGCGUGUGCUGCACGCGUGGUGAGCGCUGUUCAGGAGCGCACGUAUUCUGUACAUGGCGCAGCCUCGGAAGUCGUGUACUCUAUAUGCGCGGAAGUCAUGUACUCCGAAUGCGUGGAAAUCGUGUACUCUGUAUGCGCGGAAGACGUAUACUUUGUAUGCGCAGAAGUCGUAUACUCUGUAUACGCGGAAGUCGUUUACUCUGUAUGCGUGGAAGUCGUGUACUCUGUAUGCGUGGAAGUUGUGUUCCCUGAACAUGCAUCAGGCUCUGUCCUGGCAGGCACCAUCCUGGUUCAGGUUUUCAACAUGGUUCACGUGGUUAACGUGUGA